AUGAGAGUAAAGGACUUGCCCGUCUUAAUCAUACAUGAAUGGCAGCUGAAUGGAAGAGCCGAGGAGCUCGACUUUGAGCCGAUUUUCAGCCCUUUGAUUGCAAACGAGGAACUCAUGUUGAACAAAACAGCCGAAGACAGGAUUCUUCUUGGGAUGUUCUCGUCCAAACGCCUGCCUAUAUAA